GCAACCUGAACCCUGGAUGAUGAUGUGACGUGUGAACGGGUCUGGACAGAAUGAGAACCAGGGAGUCCCCCCCACCGCCUCCGGGUCAUGUCCACGUAGCGCGGAACACACCUGUGCACGUGCAUGUGAGGAGCAGCAAAUCUCCGCAGAACAGGACAAAAUAUUAUCAGAAGAAGGGAGAUGGAGCGAGGCAUAAGGUUCGAUCACCGUGGAUUCCUCCAGGAGGACCGUCCUCCCGAAAAGACGUGGGCUUAGACUCCGGCCAGAGAAGCCGAGCGCAGCUUCAGUUCGGACAUCGGCGUGGUGGAGAGGAGCAGGAGGAGAACACAACGCCAGUUCCCAGAACCCUCAGUGUCCUGCUCCGAGAGGAAGAAGACGUCCGUCGUCUAAAGAGACAGGAUUCAAGGAGCUCCCACGGGGAGACGGACGAGCUCCUCAGGGCCUUAGUGGAAGCAGAAAUCGACGGUGUGACAGUAGCCAAUCAGCUCACUGCCCUGAAGGAGACUGUUGACAGCCUUGUUAAGGACAAGCGGCUGUCGAAGCUGAACGCAGCCUCAGUGGGGCGACAGCAGGAGCUGCUGCUGGAGAAGAUACAGAUGUUCGACUACACAAACCAGAGCCUCCGAGAGCUCCUCAGAGAGUGGACCCAGAACGAGAGAGAUUCACUGGCUUGGUCCGAACAGAAAGAUGCCUUGAAGAAGAGAGUGGCCGACAGUGAAGCUGAGAACAUUCGACUUUUGGCCGAACUCAGCAACAAGGAGAAAGAGGCGUCCAGGCUCGCUCAGCACUUGGACUUAGAAAAGGACAACCUGAAGAGGACGGAAGAGCAGUGGAGAAUCCUGGAGUCAACACGCAACAACACAGAGUCAGAUCAGAUGAGCACAGCUGAGGCUGGAACGGCUCGAAUGUCUGCUCAGAUUCAGAAGCCAAGUCCUAAUUAUUCAGAGGUAAUUCAGGGACCACAUUGGGAACCGUUCUCAUGGAGUACGCCAGCACCGGGACAGAGGAUGCAGGAGAAUCAGGAGCCGAAGCAGGAGGUGCUACAGGCUCAGAGGCAGCGCAGGGAGGAGGACUACGAGGAGACGCAGUGGAGGCGAGAGCAGAAAGCUCCAGUGACCCAGCAGGCCCCCAGGGAGCUGGAAGGAAAACUUCAGGAGAAGGAAACCCAGUUGGUUCAAGCUCUGGCCACAUCCAGCGACUGGUGCCUGAGACAUUCUAAAGAGGCGGCUGCUAAUAAGCAGCUGGAGGAGGAAGUGUCUGCUCUCAAACUCCACGUGAGCGAGCUGGAUUAUGGUCUUCACUCAGCAGAGGACCGGACCCGGCAGGAGAGGGAGAAGUCCCGUGAACAGCUUCGUUACCUCAUUGAUGAAAACGCCUCCACCAAGCUGGAGAACCAGAGACUCCAGGCUGAGUUUACAACAUUCGAGGAGAAACUGCGGGGAUUUCAGUCUGAAGCUCAUCAGCUGAAGACGUCCAUCAAAAAGUAUGAAGACCUCGUGGAGAAAUACAAGAAGAAGGUCCAGCAGGCUCGUCUGGAGUCGGAGGAGUACUGUCUGAAGCUGGAGAUGAUGCAGAAGGACAUGCAGGCGGUGAAGGUGAGCCUGGAGAGGGAGAAGGAGCAGGUGAGGAGGGAGCUGCUGGGCCGACUCCGCGAGCUGGAGGCGCUGCCCGACAGACUGAGCCGGACCGAGCAGCAGCUCCGAGACGCCCAGCAGGAGGUCGACGCCCACGAGCGGAGGACGCUGGAGAACAGCUCGGCCCUGUCUGAGGUCAGACACCAGAAGAAGCAACAACACGCUCAGCUGGAGAUGUUUCAGGAGGAGAACCUGCGGCUUCAGGAGAAAAACGACGCCCUCAAAGAAACAAUUCACCACAUGGAAAGGAGCCUGGAGGACACGAAGGAGGAACACAAAGAGAUGUCUGAGGCUCUCACCUCACAAGAAGCUGGAGUCCAACGCGUUCAGCAGCAGCUGGAGGAGAAGACACAUGAGUGCAGCGCUCUGUCCAGACAGCUGCAACAAGCUCUGGACGCUGUAGAGAGACAGGUUGACAACAACAUGCAGAAGGUUUUGGCCAAAGAGAGAGCGUCCCAGUCUAAAACCCUGGACCUGCAGAACCAGCUGAGUCAUGCUAAAACAGAGCUGAGUCAGCACCAGUGCAGCAAGGAGCAGAUGGAGCGUCAGUUCCAGAGUCAGCUGCAGAGCAUGAAGGACAGACUGGAGCAGUCGGACUCCACAAACUGCAGUCUGCAGAACUACGUCCAGUUCCUGAAGACCUCGUACAGAAACGUGUUCGGAGACAGUUUGCUCACAGACUGAGUUCAAACUUCACCCGACGCUUACCCCACAACACAGCAGAUCUAAAUCACAUUUAAUGAGUAUCUGCUUUUUACAUGAGUCUUAUACUGUUGAUGAAAUUAAACAGGAUUUAUUUUUAAUGAAAGAAUAUUGUUUUGUUUUGAGUAAAUAACUUUUUUUACGUCAUCAGGAGGUAGAGCCCCUCUACACAGACUGGGGAAUGAGACUCUAUAGCAGAGAUCUACUGGUCGAUGGCAGAGGUAGUGUGGGUAGAUCGCAUCACGCGUGCACGACUGGACAAGAAGCAGUCACGUGGACACGCCCAUUCACCUACCUGCCCUUCUAGCACUGAAUCUUUUUUUGAUCGAUCACGGAGAUUGAAGUUUUGAUUAAGAUUAAGAUGCAUUUAUUCGUCCCAAACACAUGCACAGACAUGCACAGGCACACUCAUGCAGGUAGGGAAAUUUAACCUCUGCUUUUAACCCAUCUGUGUGCAGGACACACAGAGCAGUGAGCGACCAUACGGCGCUCGGGGAGCAGAUGUUGGGGGAGUAAGGUGCCUUGCUCAGGGGCACUAGACAGGGUAGGGAGACUCUUGGAUUUUUGGACAGAUCAAUCCAGGUUGGUCUUUUGUUGUCUCCCCGUGGAGUCGAACCAGAGACUAACCAGAGACCUUUUCUGCCCAUAGUCCAAGUUUCUGCCAAUAGUCCACCGCCUCUCUAGAAAUAUACACUAGGAGUUUACCAAUAUGAUUUUGUUUUGUAAUAUUUUCUUUGGAGAAUACACUAACCAUCCUUUAAAGUGCUGGAGGCUCGUUUUCAGUUCAGAUGCCUCAGUUUGUUACAAACUCAGAUCAACUUUUUAAAGUAAAUGAGGGUGAAAACGUAAUAAAAUAUACAUCUAUUAUUAUAGAUGUAUAUUUGUCAUAAAGAAAUGGUUAUCUCCAUAUGUGGAAAAAGAAUCCCACCAAUUUCAAGGUUCUAAGAUUUUCACUUUCCAACAUGAGAAUGAAACUGAGUGAAUUUGAGCAGCAACAUGAACUUGAUCAGUUUUUACUUCAGAUUCCAGGUCAGCCAACAGAGAGCAGCAGAUCUCUCUCUGAACUCUGUGUUCUGUUCGAGUUCUAUUCCAGUGAUAUGAUGCACUCACAAUUCAAAGAUUGAAAAGAAUCACGAGCUGGUUAAUGCAACAACCAAAAAUAGACGUAAGAGAAGGAGGCAUCAGGUUCCAUUCACUGAAAUGUUAUGAUUCAUUAUGUAAAUGAUGCUUUAUUUAAUUAAAGG